AUGGCUUCCCAACCACCAGGAAAGCAGCCGUUACCCCCUAGUAGGCCCACCACCUACUACUUUGCAUAUGGGAGUAACCUGCACCUCAGGCAGAUGAAGCGUCGAUGUCCCGAUAGCAAGUAUAUCGGGCGGGCUAGGCUGCUUAACCACCGCUGGCAAAUCAAUCAGCGUGGGUAUGCGAACGUCGUGGCUGCUCAUGGACAUUGGGUCGACGGUCUUGUGUAUGAAAUCAACGCCGUCGACGAGGCCAAACUCGAUAUCAACGAGGGCGUCUCAAAGAAUGCGUACAUAAAACGUCGUAUGGAUGUUCACCUGCACCGGGCCCCAAAUGUGCUGUAUCGUCGUCCGACCUCAUGGAUUGUCGAUAGUGGCGGACCUGGUAAAGUCCUACGUCAGGCAAACAACAAGUCUACUACGGCUGCUACUGCCGCUGGCGGCAGUAACAGCAACGACAACAACGACAACCAUAACAACGACAACAAUAGCAACGACAACAAUAGCAGCAGCAAUAACAACAACAACAACAACAGCAGCAGCAGCAGCAGCAGCAGCAGCAGCAGCAAGAAGAAGAAGAAUGCCAACAUUUCCCAUCAUUGGGUUCAGAAAGUCCUCGUAUACAUCAGCAUCAACCAUGUCGAGGACAGUUCUCCAAAGGCCGAGUACAUCAACCGCAUCAACCUGGGAAUCGCCGACGCCAGGGCCCUCGGUGUAGACGAAGACUACAUCACAAACUGCAUACGUCCAUUCAUCCCCGCUCCCGCAAAAUCCCAGGACCAGCUGGCUGUGCCGGGUGGCGGCGUAAGGAGAAAGACUGGCUCGCCUCGUGGCCAGAAGCGCACAGUCUCUCCGAGGAGCGGCGAUCAUUCCCCUGCUCGGGCAGAGUCAUCAGCACCAUCACCAAACCGCCAGGAAAGGCGGUCACCUUCAGCAAUUCGGGAAGAAAACAACCCGUCAAGAAAGAGGCGUGUUGUACCCGACGAGAACAAUCCUCCCACCCUGCCGCCUCGCCCUUCACGGAAGUACCAUGGCGAAGCGCUCAUUGUCGUGGAGGAGGGCUUGUUUUCACACUAG